AAAUGUGUAUAAAAAACACGAUUUGAUCUGUUCGUUUUGCUGCUUAUGUAUGCAUCAACCCCGGUAGUUCUGUCUCCGUUUCCUGUUUGGGGGAGGAACUAUUUCCUGCCCGCGAGCGCUUAAUUCAAACAGUUGCUUUCCCUCCAAAAAACUGGAACGGAAGGUUGCAGAAAUCAGCGAAGCUGCACAGCGAGUUGCACAUAGCUUUUAGUUUUGUAUUACUUUUGGUAUUUUUUUAACCGUCUUCUGGUUCUUAACUGUAAUACUUUGCUACCAUGCCUGUGUUAGACGUCGUCACGGAUGCUUCAGCAGUCUCUCCAUCAAAGAGAGCUCGGACAGAACCUAGAGCAGAGGAGCAAAGAACGGUUCUUAGGUUUGCUAAGCUCUCUGAGAAUGCCACGACCCCCACGCGAGGCUCAUCCAAGGCAGCAGGAUAUGAUCUGUACAGUGCAUAUGAUUACACCAUUGGUCCCAUGGACAAGGCCAUUGUGAAGACAGACAUUCAGAUUGCAGUUCCUCAUGGCUGCUAUGGGAGAGUGGCCCCAAGGUCUGGACUGGCUGCCAAGCAUUUUAUUGAUGUUGGUGCUGGGGUUGUAGAUGAGGACUACAGAGGAAACUUGGGUGUUGUGCUUUUUAACUUUAGCAAAGAAACAUUUGAAGUGAAAAAAGGGGACAGGGUUGCUCAGUUGGUGUGUGAAAGAAUCUGCUACCCAGAGCUGGAAGAGCAAGAGACACUUGAUGAUACGGAGCGAGGGUCUGGAGGCUUUGGAUCGACUGGACGCAACUGAAGACCUCGAAACAAAUUUGAAGUGACAAUACACUGAUGAAGUUAUUUUAUGUUACCUAGGUGCUAAUAAAGUUUAUUUUUUACAGUUUCAUAAACUACA